AUGGGGGAAGCUAAAGAGCCAGCCCGCGGCCGGCCAGCCAGCUCAUGGAGCCCUCUGGUCCUCACGUCAGCUUACGGACCUCACAGCCACACAGACCGCUGCAGCCAAUGCAGCAGACGAGUCCAGCAACAACGUGAGAGUAAAGACCCGCAGCUGUUCGACUACCAGGAGCUGCUACACAACUCCAGUUUCUGCCUGGUGCCCCGGGGCCGACGUCUUGGAUCCUUCCGCUUCCUGGAGGCCCUGCAGGCGGCUUGUAUCCCUGUUAUUCUGAGCAACGGCUGGGAGCUUCCCUUCUCUGAAGUCAUCGACUGGAGGAAAGCCGCCAUCAUUGGAGAUGAGAGACUGCUGUUACAGGUUCCCUCCAUUACCCGGUCUGUGGGCCAUGACAGGAUCUUGGCUCUCCGCCAGCAGACUCAGUUCCUCUGGGACGCCUACUUUUCUUCUGUAGCCAAAAUCGUCUUAACUACACUGGAGAUUAUCCAGGAUCGUGUGGACUCCCAUGUGUCCAGAAGUCGGUUGUUGUGGAAUUCCCUACCUGGUGGUCUCUAUGCACUCCCCCAAUACUCAACUGACCCUGCCCAGUUCCCUUUUUACUAUGCCAUACUGGGAAAAAGCCCGUCGCAGCAGUUCACGGCUGUGAUCCAUACGGUUACUCCUCUGCAGUCCCAAAUCUCCCCUGUGGUGAAGCUCAUCAUCGCUGUAGCCAAGUCCAAGUUCUGUGCACAGAUUGUGAUUUUAUGGAACUGCGAAAAGCCUUUACCUCCUAGGAACAAGUGGCCCUCCACCAGCGUGCCUCUCACUGUCGUUGAAGGACAGACCAAGACAAUGAGCAGUCGUUUUUUCCCCCACAAUGCCAUCCUCACUGAUGCUGUUCUCAGUCUGGAUGAAGACUCUGUUCUCUCAACCAAUGAGGUGGAUUUUGCCUUUAUUGUAUGGCAAAGCUUUCCGGAGCGCAUCAUUGGUUAUCCAGCAAGGAGCCACUACUGGGAUAGUUCCAGAUCCCGCUGGGGCUACACCUCCAAAUGGACCAAUGACUACUCCAUGGUCCUUACGGGGGCAGCUUUCUACCACAGAUACUACCACUACCUGUUCACCCACUAUGUCCCAGCCAGCCUGCUGACCACGGUGGACCGCAUGGCUAAUUGUGAAGACAUCCUGAUGAACUUCCUAGUUUCAGCCAUUACCAAGCAGCCGCCAAUCAAAGUCACACAGAAGAAGCAGUACAAGGAAACCAUGAUGACCCAGGGCUCCAAGGCAUCUCGGUGGGCCGACCCAGACCAUUUCGCCCAGCGACAGACCUGCAUGAACGCCUUCAGUCACUGGCUGGGUUUCAUGCCCCUGGUGCACUCCCAGAUGAGGCUGGACCCUGUGUUGUUUAGGGACCAGGUUUCCAUCCUGAGGAAGAAAUACAGGGACAUUGAAAAGCUAUGAAUGCACAAGGAUACACACCAAAUCACUGGCAGGAAGAGGAAAAGUAAGAGAACCUGGCCGUGUGUGUGUGUGUGUGUGUGUGCUCUUGUGUUUCCUGUCUAAGAGGUCGUGACAAGAAUACAUGCACUAAAUGUGAAGAUUUGUGAGGCUAUAUAUAGAAAAACUCUAACAUGCACUGGACAUAAAAAUGAUAAAACACUGAGGUACGCUUAAGGCAUUUAACUGCGUAUUUCAAUGAGCAAAAAAACACUCAUUCUGUAUACGUGGUAAAUAACAGUGAGUGACUGUGCACACGUGCAAUGUGUGACAAUACAAAUAUGAGUGCAUGGAUACACAUGCAACAAAGACCUGGACACAUUCAAGACAGUCCUGACCACAGACAUAUAGUAUGUGUUGCAUGGUUUGAGACAACUGUACAAGGACCUGAAAAAGACUUGUUUGAAUAUGGAAAAAAAAUCUAAGAGAUAUGUCUAUUGUGGAAGUUGGACUGUUGGGAGUAGAGGAGUAUACAGUAUACUGUUGGGCAAAAGACAAAGGAGAUUUUUAGGUUAUAGGUUGUUUACAUAAAGUCAAAGGCCGCAUUAUAUGGGGUUAUGUAUGUAUAAUAAAGACAGAAUUGUGGACAAAAGGGACUAACUGUAGCUUCUGGGUCGUGCCACAUGAUAGCUGCUACCCCAAAACACCAGAGACAAUGGCAAUAUGCCUCUUGUAUACUAUUGUAGAUUUUCAGCAGCAGUUCCUGUCUGUGUG